GCUUUCUCCGCCGUCACUGGAAUCGGAAUCGUGCCCGCCUAUCAGUUGCUCCACCUCCGCCGUUACUAGUGGACGACUGUCCUCGCGAAGAACACGUGCCGCACAGUUGAUUCGAGUUCAAAAAGUGCAUCCAAGCCAGAAAAGUUUACAUAGAAAGUGAUAAGAGCGUAGAAAGGAAUCCGAAGCCAAAAAUGAUGUCCAAGCGUUUGUUAGCUGAGACCAUGCGGCUCCCUCCCAGGUCCUCGGUCCGUAGGAGCUCCAGCUCAUCGCUGCACUCAAAGGCAGCCCCCGCAACGAUAGCCCAGCUGCAGGUAGAGAUGCCCGACUGCAACCACCGCCCGGUGGCCUACGAGGGCUCCAGCUACGAGCAGAUUCUCAAGACCAGGCGCAACCACCUGACACCGAAUCUGCUGGCUCACUUCAAGAGGCCACUUGUGAUCCACGCUGGCCACAUGCAGUGGCUGUUCGAUCACGAGGGCCGGCGCUACCUGGACAUGUUUGGCGGAAUCGUUACUGUGUCCGUUGGACAUUGUCACCCAAAGGUUAACCAGGCGCUCAGCGAGCAGACUGCUAAACUGUGGCACACGACUAACAUCUACAUGCACCCCAAGAUCCACGAGUAUGCCGAGCGAUUGGUGGCCAAGUUCCCAGGAGACCUCAAGAGCGUGUGCUUCGUGAACUCCGGCUCGGAGGCCAACGAUCUUGCUAUGCUAAUGGCGCGCCUUCACACAGGCAACCAGGAUAUCCUUUCCUUGCGCAACUGCUACCACGGAAUGUCCCCCUACACCAUGGGCCUCACGGCACACUCCACCUGGCGCUUUCCGCUGCCGGGGGUGAACAACGGACUUGUGCACGUGAUGAACCCCGAUCCCUACCAGGGCAUUUGGGGCGGCUCAAACUGCCGGGACUCCCCUGUGCAGACCACCCGCGAAUGCCAGUGCACCGUGGGCUGCCAGGCCGGCGACGCCUACUAUAAUGAGCUGGAGGAGACCUUUAAGUAUUCCCUGCCGCGCGGCAAGGUGGCUGCUAUGUUUGCAGAGUCAAUCCAGGGGGUCGGCGGAACGGUCCAGUUCCCAAAAGGGUACCUCAAGCGGGCAGCAGCUCUGGUCAGAGCUAACGGAGGACUCUUUGUGGCCGACGAGGUUCAGACUGGCUUUGGGCGAACCGGUGAGCACUUCUGGGGCUUCGAGGGCCACGACUAUGUCCCCGACAUAGUCACCAUGGCCAAGGGCAUUGGGAACGGCUUCCCACUGGCAGCCGUUGUCACCACGCCAGAGAUCGCGGCAUCCCUGGGCCAGGCCCUGCACUUCAACACCUACGGAGGGAACCCGAUGGCCAGUGCCGUAGGCAUUGCCGUGCUGGACGUGAUCGAGGAGGAGCAACUGCAGCGCAACUCCCUGGAAGUGGGCACGUACUUCCUCAAAGGUCUGGCCGAAUUGCAGCAGCGCUUCGAGAUUAUUGGCGACGUGCGGGGAAAAGGCCUGAUGAUCGGCGUCGAGCUGGUGGGCAAUCGUGAAAAGCGUACCCCUCUGGCUACGCCGCACGUCCUGGACAUAUGGGAGAAGUGCAAGGACCAAGGUGUGCUCUUUGGACGCGGCGGCCUUCAUGGAAAUGUGAUGAGCAUGAGACCACCACUGUGUCUUUGUGCCGAAGACGUGGAAUUCGCCUUGGAGACACUGGAGGAAGCGUUUAAAUUUCAUAUGAGCAAAAGCCCUCGCAGUUGGAGAAACAGCACAACGAUGAUGUAGAUAAGUUGUACUUCAGAGCUCUUUUAUUCGCUUAUUCGCUUACAAACUAAUAAUUGAACAACAUUAUAGAGCAGCAUUAUGACCAACAAUCGAGGUUAAGAGCUAGCGAUUUUUGAGCGAGGCUUUGACUUAGUUAUAAAUGUACAUCUCAGGAGUUCUUAGAAGUAAUAUGUGAUGUGAGCCAUGACACAGCAUCGUACAUAGUUUAAGGGAACGAGUGCGAUUCGAAUCCGUAUCUGCUUAGGCUAGCUUAAGGUUUGUUUUCAAUGGCAUUGCCUUGAGCAUAAAUAAAUAAAACAACUCGAAAAUCGCCUUAGUUUGAACUAGUUAAUGCAAAAACGCAGUCUUCUUUUAAAGUCCUGGAGAUUCUCUUUGGCUGGGGGUCCUGUGGGACUCCGUUCUCCAAGUGGCUCCUGUUAAACUUGUACGUCGGGAUGCUUGCCCUCGUUAUUGUAAUCAGCGCUCAGCAGCGUCUCAGACAGCUCCUUUCUUGCCUUCUGCAACACCCAGAACAUCAAGGCCACGCCACAAAUUACCUUAAAGACACAAAAGACACAUUGUAGCUUAAAUAACUUAAGAUCAUUAAACAAAGAGCUCUGUGGACUUAUUAAACACCAAUAAUGAACCAAUUCAAAUGUACAAACUCAAAAACUAUUAAGCACGCGAUUUAACCUACCUCAAACAGAAAGCUGAUAUACCCCGUCAGUUUGGUAUCGUUAUCACUGAGCACUUCAUGCAUGGACCUUAGCGUGGAACCCAAGUAAACAUUGAUGGUUUGGGCUGGCAGCAACCCAAUCAGCGUGGCCACAUGGUAGUCUCUUGUGUUGAUGGAACUGAUCUGUGAAAAUAAUAGUCUGAUAUAGAAACUGAAUGGUUUAAGCGUGCCAUGAUUUUUUGAACUACGACAGUGUCAGAAGGGGGGAAAGCACCUGACUUUUAAGGAAAACUGGUUUUUAUUUAGUUCAACUGCAGUGAAACUUGACGAAUAUGCACAUAUAUUAGUAACCGUCUCUUAAUUUAAGCAUUUUGACGCGCUGUAUUAUUCGUAUAAUUAGCUAUUUAACUAUUGCAGUAUAAAUAAUUAUUCAUAUAGAUUCACAAAGCUUUGCACAAUUUAAUUUACAUGUCCGUGUAAAGAAUAUUUGGUUCAAUUAAUUUUACGUUCGAUUUCUUAAAGUUAAUAAAAUAAAAUAAAAGAAUAUCCAGAUAUUCCGACCUCACCCCUGUCUGAACAAGUUCAACAAUAACAAUAGAUCUGACGAAAUCUAGUCACUUACUCCGAAUAUCACAUUCUGCACUCCGAAGGGAAUGGGGGUAAGUCGGGUAAAGAGAACGACUCGAAAUGCCUUUGGGCCAGAAAUGACGCGGAGAAUGGCUCGUCCCGUGUCAUUCUUGAUCAGCCUGCAAAUAGAUGCAAUCGAACGGGUCUCAUCAUUUCAUUUAUUUAUUAUUUAUGCAUAAUUACACCCAACUGUGCGGUGCUAGUGCUGAAACAUGGCUCUAAGUGAGUUUAUCCAACAAUCAGGAAAUGUUUAUUGGGGCUAUAAGCCAGUUCCACCGUUCGUCGGCGAAACAGUUUACGCUCCCUCAUAAAAAUUGGUAGGCACUGAUUUCAUGCUAUCACACAAAUAGCCUGUAAUUAGGUGGGCCUAUGUAUAUAGCUCUUGGUAAAUGUGAUGUUAAAUAAAUGUGUUAUUUUUGAAGAAAAUUCAUGUGGCGCCGUAAUUGAUAAUUGAUGAAUUAGGUACGCUGGGUAGUGGAACCUAGUUUAGUAAUUAUCGGAAAUGUAAUGCUUUCUGCUAUCAGCGCGCCAAAUGUCUGAUAAGGAGAUCAAAACCGACUGAGCGACAAAGGGGUAUUUACCCAAAGAAGCGGGUCUUAAUUGCAAACGGGUUUAAUGACAAAUGAGUGUUUAGUACGUAUAUACAAAACAUACAACACAUUUAUAUGAGCCGGCGACGUGGUUACGCGAUAUCGAUUACGCGGAAUAACUGCCCUUAUCAGAUAUUCCUUGGGCAAAUGUAUUCGCUCAGUUGUCGCCACCGUGGCUUUGCAAUUGUCGUGUGUCACAAGAUCCACUUUGAUCACCGU